AUGUAUGCGUUAUCUCGAGGUUAUCACAACAACAUUGUGGCCACCAAUGAGACCAUCGAUGGUGACAAUUACAUACAUACGGGUGACCUGGGUUACUACGAUGACCAUGGUAACCUGUAUAUCGUGGACCGCAUUAAACAGUUACUAAAGACGGACGGGUGUCAGGUGUCGCCCACGGAAUUGGAGUCCAUUUUCGUGACCCACCCGUCCAUUAAGGAGGUGGCG